AUGUUGACUUCAUUCACUAGCAUACAGAAUUUUUCGAAUGUGUAUGUUCCUCAGCCCAAUUUCUUUGCGCACGGCGAUGGAGCAACUAUCACACCCAGCCUCGCUCAAGGCUAUCUUUCGCACACAUUUACGGCCACUAUUGCAUACAUCUACAUCCGGACAACAUUAUUGAAGACCGAUGAUCCUACGAUCACUCUCUGUUUAAACGCGGUGCUGUGCUACGACACAUGCAUCCAGUCUCCACAAACACUCUUCAUACGAGACAUUCGCGGACUUGCCCCCCCAGAUUCUCCUACGUGUCUCUCAUGUGCCGCGAGUAUAGCUCUUCUGGACAUGAACGUGGCCUACUACUCGGGCGAUGGUACUAGUCGGGGCCCUGUUAUUCCACAACGGCUGGCAGCGCCGCGCUUCCCGGGCGGGCGCACACGACUAACUGGUGCUCGCCUAGAGCUUCCCAUCUUCUUUCAGCGAGAGGACAAUGGUGCACCUGGACUGUCGGUAGCAGAUGCGCUCAGUGGGCGUGUUCAUCUACGCGGCGUAACGGAACCCGCCCGUCUAGGGGGCAAGUCUUCAACGUAUAUCUGCAUCAAUUGGCCGGGCAUACCGGAAUUCAAGCGGCAGAUACAAACGCGAGACCAAACUCAACAGAGGAGUCCUAUUACGCUAGCUCGACUCGUGAAGCACGUGGGGCGCAGCGUUCAGCUUCUUUUCGAGCGGGAGUUGACGGGUACCCCGCCCAUCUCGGGGAGUUAUGACUCGCCCUUCUCUGCUCCGUGGAGAAUCGGAGAAGGGGGGAUUAGGCUGGACGAACUCCUUAUCGUCGGUGUCGUGCACGUCUCCCCUGGCGCGUUCCAGGUAGUCCUCCAGCUCGCACGUCCUCGGGGCGGGUUUGCCAUUCUGUGA